AUGGGGGCGUUUUAUGAAGAGCCGGAAGAAGUGAUCCGCAACGAAAAGCCCUUCUACAAAUUCGUUGUCGGAGACUUCAACGCAAAACUAAGAAUGGCUGCAGAAGAGGAAUACAAGAUCGGAAGAUUUGGACUAGGGGACCGGAAUGAAAAUGUCAAUCGUCUCGACUGGCUGUUGUCCGCCGCUCGCCUUUUCCACGGGAACUCUCUUUUCAUGAAAAAAAGAUCAUCGUCGGUGGACAUGGGAAUUGCCCAAUGGCGCGACUCUUGCGGAGUUCGACUACAUACUCACCAACCGGAGAUAGUGUUUACUCGACGCCUCGGUAGUAUCAUCCUUUUGCAGUGGUUCUGA